UUCCCCCACAAGUGCUUAAUCCUACUUGCAAUAAGGGGAAGUGCGAAGCGGAAACUCCUGCGUAAGGUCGAAGCUAGUAGGUCGAACUCAUCAAUGGCGAAUUCAACAUCACAAAGCAGAUCAAGGGACCUCGAUAAACUCCUUCUCCGGCCCGGAAAUCUCGUCGGCCCGACCUUCGAGGCCGGUGCUCAGUUGAGAGAUGAUAUAAAGGAGUGCGUAAGAGUGUUGGUGAUAGGUGCUGGUGGAUUAGGUUGCGAAUUGCUUAAGGAUUUGGCUUUCUCUGGUUUUCGUAACCUUGAGGUUAUUGAUAUGGACCGAAUUGAAGUUACCAAUCUUAAUCGCCAAUUCCUGUUCAGACUUGGAGAUGUGGGGAAACCAAAGGCAGAAGUUGCUGCAAAAAGAGUGAUGGAGAGAAUCAGUGGUGUAGAUAUCAAGCCACAUUUCUGUCGGAUUGAGGACAAACCUAUAAGCUUCUACAAUGAUUUCCAUAUUAUUGUUCUUGGUCUUGAUUCUAUUGAGGCUCGAAGCUAUAUAAAUUCUGUUGCUUGCAGCUUUCUAGAGUACGAUUCUGAUGACAACCCACAGGAAGAGUCAAUUAAACCUAUGGUUGAUGGUGGGACUGAAGGAUUCAAGGGUCAUGCAAGGAUUAUAAUGCCAGGUGUCACCCCCUGCUUUGAGUGUACAAUAUGGCUCUUUCCCCCACAAGUGAAGUUUCCCUUGUGUACUCUUGCUGAAACUCCUAGAACUGCUGCUCACUGCAUUGAGUAUGCACAUUUAAUCAAAUGGGAUGAGGCUCAUAGUGGCAAAACAUUUGAUCCAGAUGAUCCUGAACACAUGCAAUGGGUGUAUUCAGAGGCUGUUAAAAGAGCAGAGCUCUUUGGAAUUCCAGGAGUUACCUAUUCCUUGACCCAGGGUGUGGUUAAAAAUAUCAUACCUGCUAUAGCGUCCACCAAUGCUAUAAUUUCUGCUGCCUGUGCUUUGGAGACCUUGAAGGUUGUCUCUGGAUGUAGCAAAACAUUAACAAAUUACUUAACGUACAAUGGAGUUGAAGGUCUGCACACCAAAGUGACCGAGUUUGUGAGGGACAAAGAUUGUCUUGUUUGUGGUCCUGGUGUUCUUAUUGAGCUAGAAGCUUCAGUUACUCUUAAAAAGUUCAUUGAUCUCCUUGAAGAUCACCCUAAGCUACUAUUAACUAGAGUAAGUGUGACGUAUCGAGGGAAGAAUCUAUACAUGCAAGCACCUCCAGUAUUAGAAGAAAUGACUCGAUCUAAUUUGGAUUUACCAUUGUUUGAGCUUAUGGGUAAAACUUCAAGGGACAUCGUUCAUGUUACUGGUGCAGCGGGGAAAGGAGAUAAAAAGCAGUCAUGUUCUAGGAAAUUACGUGUUGUUUUCAAGGGAAUGAUUGGAGUUACAGAUAUGGACAUGGCUGGUGGGGCUUAAUUUUCAGUCACUUAUCAGCGUCUUAUUUGUUCCUGGUAAGCACUUUUAGGAGAAUAGCUUCUUUUUCUCCUCUAAUUUUUCUCUCGUGUAACAUGAGUAAACUGCAGUAGCAGACGAGGUUGAUAGGAAAUGCCUCCAUUUUUGUAACUCUCUUUCUUUACUUGUCACGUGGACGUGAAAAUUGGUGAAUUUAUUUCCAACAUGUGAAAUGAAAUGAGUGAGUUAUACA